GCGAUUUACUGAGUAACUAAAUCAGUUUUAAUUCGUGUGCUGAGCGGAUAGUUCGUCAUCGGAGAAACCCGAGAAUCUUGUGAAUAUGUACCAGCGGCAGGUCUCCUUUGAUAAGCCAACGCGCGUUGAGGACUCGGCUUACAUAGUCGAGGGUGUAGAUAUUAAGGAGGCCAGGAACACCUGUCUGCUGUUCUCGCCCAAGGACUCCUCGUUAUCCAGCGGAGCUUUGGCCAACAUUUUGGCCAUCUUCAAGAAGCAUGACAUCAACCUGGUGCACAUUGAGUCGCGAUCCUCGCUGCGUGUUCCCGGUUACGAGUUCUUCGUGGAGGCCGAUGGCAAAUCUGGAGCCUUGGGCAAAGCCAUCGAGGAUGUGAAGGAGCAGUGCAGCUACUUUAACAUCAUAUCGCGUGACUACAAGGAUAAUGCAACGGCUGUGCCCUGGUUCCCACGGCGUAUACGCGAUCUGGAUCGUUUCGCCAAUCAGAUCCUGAGCUAUGGUUCUGAACUGGAUUCCGAUCAUCCUGGAUUCACCGAUCCGGAAUACCGCAAGCGUCGCAAGUACUUCGCCGACAUAGCCUACAACUACAAGCAUGGUGAGCCGCUGCCCCAUGUGAACUACACCAAGGAGGAGAUCGAGACCUGGGGCAUUAUCUUCAGGAAUCUUACGAAGCUCUACAAGACACACGCCUGUCGCGAGUACAACCACGUCUUUCCCUUGCUGGUGGACAACUGUGGAUUCCGAGAGGAUAACAUUCCCCAGCUGGAGGAUGUGUCCAACUUUUUGAGGGAUUGCACAGGUUUCACUCUGCGUCCAGUGGCUGGACUACUCAGCUCCCGGGAUUUCCUGGCCGGCCUGGCCUUCCGCGUCUUCCACUCCACCCAGUAUAUCCGACAUCCCAGCAAGCCCAUGUACACCCCGGAGCCGGAUGUCUGCCACGAGCUGAUGGGUCACGUGCCGCUCUUCGCAGAUCCAGCAUUUGCUCAGUUCAGUCAGGAGAUUGGGCUAGCUUCCCUGGGAGCACCCGAUGAUUACAUUGAAAAACUAUCCACCAUCUUCUGGUUCACUGUUGAGUACGGCUUGUGCCGCCAGGAGGGUGAGCUAAAGGCGUACGGAGCAGGUCUGCUGUCCUCCUACGGAGAACUUGAGUAUUGCCUCACGGACAAGCCGCAGCUGAAGGACUUUGAGCCGGAGGUCACUGGCGUCACCAAGUAUCCCAUUACCCAGUUCCAGCCUCUGUACUACGUGGCCGAUAGUUUCGAGACCGCCAAGGAGAAGACCAUUAAAUUUGCAAACUCCAUUCCGCGACCCUUUGGUGUUCGCUACAAUGCCUACACUCAGAGUGUUGAGGUUCUCGACUCGAAGCCGCAGAUUUCGAAUCUGAUGGACAACAUCAACUCCGAGUUCCAGAUUCUCCAGAAUGCCGUUGCCAAGCUGCGCGUCUAAGUCGAAUUCAUAUACUCUUUUUAACACCCCUCUCUUUACUUACUAUUAGGAUUGAAUCGAAUAAUAAAUAUCAUGCAAUUAAGUUUUCGUAA